GCUUUUGUGUCAGUCUAGCGAUGACAUCACACAAUGGGCUUGCCUUGUUUGUGAUGUCACUUGGCUAGGCCUUGUUUCUUAGGUAACACCGAGACAGCAUUUAUGGUCAUUUAGACAGGCUGCGUGCUCCAGAGGAACUGUGACAGACGCUCUUAGGUUUUGCAAUCGCUUAAAGGAAGUGUGUGGUACAUGACAGCUAGAUGCAGUGGCUGAUGGGUGUUUUACAGUUGCAGAAGCCAGGAUGGGUUGUAGGCCAGACGUUCUCUAGCAGAGAGGCCUAUUUAUAUAUCAGCUGUAGUAUAGACAGCUGGAACGGUUAUGUGUUUGUCAAACCUGCUCAGUAGGCCUUUACCUUUCAACGUCAUGUAACCUGACACUGAGGUAACAACGAGAACAGACAAAAGAAGAGCUGGAGACUUGAGGAAGACACAUAGUAGACUGUGAUUGCAGGAGACAUGUGUGGAGCGCGGGAGGGACAGUCCUGGUUUAGCAGUAUCUGUCACUUGUGAGCUCCAUCAUGGACAGUCUGGGAGUCCUGCUCAUCACGGCCAAUAUUGGCUCACUGUGUGACGAGCCUGAAGAAAUUGAGAAAAAUUGGGUUCAGGAAUUCUAUAAGACGGUGCAGCACCGCCAGUCAGCAUUCAUUGCUCUUCAUAUGCAGGAAUUUGGGGGCAAAAAUUAUCAGGAGAACAUGGGAUCCGCUGAAAACUUCAUCAGGAGGCUGAUUCACAGUGAAGAGAUGUCCCAGUAUGACUGUGUCCAGGCCUUCAUAGACAAAGACUUCACAAAGCCGGAGAGCUUCACAGCCCUGGCUUCCAUCUAUUUCAUACACAGCUCUCUGCGUAAUGUUAAGAUUUAUGAUUUCCAAGAAAAGAACUUUGUGUCCAUCUCGGGCCAUACAAUGUGGAUGGGAUCACUUGAGGAUUGUCCCACUGUUCACAAGGAAAGAUUCCCCCAAGACUUCUGGCUGAAGUUUGCAUGGACUCGCAAGGGAUUCAUGAAGACGAGAUGGCUAGUAAAUGACCGGAUGUUUGAUCUGGUGAACCUUCACCUCUUUCAUGAUGCCUCAAACCUAGUGUCAAGUGACUGCUCCCCGUCUGUGUACAGCGCCAACCGUAGACGAGGCCUAUUCCAUGUGCUGACAAGGUUAAGAGAUGACUGUAAUGCCCCAUUUUUCCUAUUUGGAGAUUUUAACUUCCGUUUGGACUUGAAAAGUUUCAUUCAGGCUCAAGGCUGGUCCUCGAGUGACGCAGGAGGCACAGAUGGACAGACUGCCGUGUAUGAGCAGGACGGGGAGGUUCAGCUUAUAAUAAAAUGUAAAUGGUUUGAACAUCAAAACACAAAGGUAUUUCAGGAUGAAAAUGUGCACAUGCUGCUCAGAUUUGACCAUGAACCUAUCCCUUUCUUGACUGAACUGACCGAGGUCCAGAUCUCCUUUCCACCCACGUACCCUUUUAGUGAAAAUGUGACCAAACCUUCAGAGUUUAUGGGUACGCGAUGUCCGGCUUGGUGUGACCGGGUCUUCAUGUCUCACACAGCCAGAGCCCUACUACAGAAGAGAACAGACGGAGACACCUGUGUACGGUAUGGGAGUAUUGGGGGAGACGUCUGUAUGGGGGAUCACAAGCCCGUGUUCCUCUACUUUGAGAUGGAGACUAAAAUCGACCAGGCGAAGAAUUGACAGGUCGACCACAGCCAGAACAAUUCCAGGAGGUCUCCGACAGAUCCUCGUCUGUAGAUAUGAUGUCACUUACCAUAUUUAAUAUUAUUUUAUUUUAAAUAAAACCUCUUAAUCCUCUGUCACUGUAA